AUGACGGACCAACCGGUGGAAACGGCGGCAGACAACAACUCCAGUGGAUCGAAUGUCGCAUCUCCCCGAUCCAGCACGGAUUCUCGCCCUCCCUCGGGCAGCCUUCGGUCCCUCCGCCUCUCCUCGCAUCUCCCGAACCACCAACAUCGCCAGAGUAUCAGCGACAGCCUCCGCGCCGCGCCGGGGUCACCGCGGGCACGUCGACAACCCUCGCUCACACAGUCCGCCAUCCAGAGUCUCAUCGAUAACCCACCGGCCCCGAACAAUGUCAACCCCGCAUUUAUCGGCCGGGACUGGCGCGAGAUUUCGAUCGGGGAGCUGGUCAGUCCGGACGAUUUGAAGUUCGUCGAGGUAGACACGGGCAUUGAAGAGGCGACGAAUAUUCUAAUCGACUCCGGGGCCGCGGUUCUACUGAUCCGGGAAUCGCCCCAGCACAAGUCGGCCGUCGGCACCUUCGACUACUCCGAUCUGAACGCCUAUCUUCUGCUGGCGGCCGGACUGACGCAGCCGGGUGAGGAACUCCUCGCGUCGUACGAAGAACUCGCGCGCAAGGCGAAAGAGGGCCUCCCGAUCCCGUUGCGGGAUGUCAAGGAUCUCGGCCGGAAGGAACCGCUGACGACGCUGCCAGCGUCGGCCAGUGUAAUGACGGCGGUGCAGACGUUCGGCGGCGGCGUGCAUCGCGUAGUGGUGGUCAGCGAGCGGGACGACAACGAGGUGGUUGGCAUCUUCAGUCAAUUCCGGCUGGUCAAGUUCCUCUGGGAGAAUGGCCGCAGUUUCCCGGUGAUCGACCAGCUGUAUCCGCAAUCGCUGCACGAUCUGCGGAUCGGGUCGCGGGAUGUCAUCUCGAUCAAUGGCGACCGGCCGCUCGUUGAUGCGCUGCAGAUCAUGAACGACGAGGGGAUCUCAUCUAUUGCAGUCGUGGACAACCACUUUAACGUUAUCGGCAACAUUUCCACGACGGACGUCAAGCUACUCACCCGCUCGUCCUCGCUGCCACUGCUUCGCAACACGUGCACGCAUUUCAUCUCGGUGAUUCUGUCUAAUCGUGGACUGGAAGAGGGCAAGGACUCGUUCCCGGUGUUCCAUGUCAACCCGGGAUCGACGCUGGCGCACAUGGUUGCCAAGGUGGUAGCCACCCGGUCACACCGUCUCUGGGUGACUGAUCCGCUCUCUCCGUCGUCAUCGGGGCCUCCCACGCCGUCGCACUCCUCGGUGCACAUUCCCUUGGCGAACAAUCCCAGCCCACCGCAGUCCCCGGCGGUCAACAACAACAGCGCGACGCACCUCCCCAACCCGCCAGCCGCAUUCCUGAGCGCGCCAUCGAUGCCGGCGUCGGCACUACCCGGGGCGCGCCUCUCGGGACGACUAGUGGGAGUGGUCAGUCUGACCGACGUUCUCAACCUACACGCGCGUGCCAGCGGACUGAGUCCGGCGGACCCAGCGGAAAGUCGCAGCCGACGCCGACGUAGCAGCAGUUCAAGCGUGGGGGUGCGACGCAGCGGGGAGAUUGGCCGGGAGUUAUUCAGCGGACGAAUCGUAUAG